AUGGAGGAAGAGGGUCGUAGGCACUCUGUAUCAAAUGCAAGUGGUCGAUCAUCACAAACAUCAAGCUCAGGAAUCAAGCGCGAACCACCACGUAGCUAUAGCACAAAAGAUGGUGCAAGCAUGCUUGUAAGUGGCCUUGAUCCGUACAUGUUCCCGUCGAAACAAAAGUCAGUAAAAGGCAUGUUCUCAGGUGCGAACCUGAAAAAAGUGGGAAAAGCUAUUUCAAAGUUCUUCCUCUUCAAUACCAUACCAUUCAAUGCAGCUGAUAGUGGGCCUUACUAUCAGUCAAUGAUUGACACUAUUGCGAAUGCAGGCCCAGGAAUAAAGGGUCCCGUAGGAUAUCAAAUUGGUAGUUCUUAUUUGGAGGAGGAGGUUCAAGAGUUUGAUGUGUAUAUAUCUUCGAUGAAGGUCUCUGGUUCGAUUCCCUGCUGCAACAUAUAG